ACUUUUAGCGGAAUACCCAAGUAUGAAAGGCAAAAUCGAAACGAUGCGUUAAGCCAAAUCUGUCGGUCUCUUCCCUCUCUUGAUCACCCAACCGGCCCCCCAUCUAAAUCUAAUUCCUCAAUACAGCUCGCUGAUUCUCUGCGCUUUUCACGUCAUGGACGAUCUGCUACUGCAGAAAAUAGCAAUAUCAGGCCCCACAUUGGCCUCCAUGAUCCAACGCUUCUCAUCGUCCCCAGCUGACGUCGACGGUCUCCUUUUCGGCCACGUUACUUACAUCGCCCCUUCCACCCUCUCCGACGAUUCCCAAAGUCCCUCUGAUUCGCAACUAGUCGCCACAAUCUCCAGCUUCCUCUCCUUCCCUUCCCUUCUCUCCUUCUACGACUCACUCGGCCAGGUCGAUUCCUCCCGACUCACCCCUACUCACCUCAACCACAAACCCUUCAUCGGCUGGUUCUCCUCUCGCCGGAAAACCCCCCUCCGCCCUUCCAUGCGCGAAUCCUCCGUCUCUCGUUCUCUAUCCUGUAUCCCCAAUCUCUCCCUCCCAAUCGAAAACGCUAAUUUCAAUUCCCUUUUCGCUCCUUCAAUUUUCCUCCUCUUCACUACUCCUGUACAAGACCAAUCCAUCCAAACCAACCAAUAUCGGGCCUUCCAGCUCCAAUCAUCGAAGCGCUGUUUUAAUCCGGUAUCAAUGGAUAUUGUUAAUAUUGGGCCUGCGUUUAGAGGACAUUACGGGUCGUUUAGGCCGAGUUCUUCGCUGCCCUUUUUGAACUGCGAGUUAAGGAGCUUAACGCCGAUGAAUGAAGAUAGAAAUGAGGGGAAGCUAAUUGGAAUGAAGCAAACAACAAAGGACCAAUCGCAGUUGGAUAUGUGCACGGAGGGAAUGCAAAUUGGGAGAUUGAGCCGGUUGAUUGGACCGGAGGCCGUUAGUUACACGUCUGGAUUAGAGGAUUUAUAUGAGAAAAUGCUAUCUAAAAUCGAAAGCUUGGCCAGACUCGUUGAAGCCAGCUCAGCUAAGGUUCUUGAACAGGAAAAUCACAAUAGGAAGUUAAGGUACAAAGUUGGUAGAUCUGCAUGAAUGGAAUAAUUGCUUCCUCUUGUUUGUCAUUAUAGCAGAAUAAUUUGCGGUGUUUUCUAUUUGGAGAAACUAAUACCUUCCUCUUUUAGUGCCUUUUAUGUUUUGUCUGUCACAUUACUGUGAAAAUUUGUAUAUGGCUUUAUAAAACAAAAACUAAUAAUAAGAAGGGCAUGAUGAAGAUUCUCAAUAUUUAGGUUUAACAUACAUAAUGGUGAUGUUGAGUUGCCUUGUCUUCUGGAAAGCCCCAGGAAGUGGUAGGGGGAAUAUUCUAGAGCUGCAUGACAUGUUAUUUUGGAAGGGUUUGAUAGUUCUUCCCUCAAAUCAGUUUGCAAAUGCAGAGGGCACACAGAAUGUUGUGUUAUUCUGGGCAUUAUGGUUGACAUGCAUGUGAGAUUUUUCAUCUAUGUCACAGAAAUGUAAUUCUGUUUUGCCUCAUUGGAUAAGCAAAAUUGUGAUUGUAAAAAGAAAAGCAUAAUUCUUAUUGUGUUUACGUUGCAAUCUGGUUAAUUAUGGACAUAUUUUCUGAAUAAUUUUAAUCAAAUACAUGGUUUAUGAGUAUCAGAACUUUAUUUAUAGGAUGUAAUAACUAAGGGUCAUCCCGCUGAUGUUUCUUCUGUUUCGCCCUUUUAGCUUUCACUCUGUACUAAGGUUUGACUCUUUAAGAAAUUUGGAGAAAGUUUGUCACUAGUAUUUUGGUCUAUACAAUCACUUUUUUUUUUUUUAUACUAAAGGGUUCGUAUAAUUAACUGUGCAUAUAAUAUACUUUGGAGCCCAUUGAUUCUUCACAAGUUGAUAGGCUAGAUUUCAUUGGAAAAAAUCCAAAUGAAAAAGAAGUGAAAAACAAUUUGACUCACCAUAUUUGAUUUCCUUGUC